AUGUUGAACAACGUUCCACCGCACGGUCGCGACCAGUACACAAGACGCGAAAGGGAACAAGAGAAACCACAUCGAGCCCCACCAGACAAGGCAGAGCAUAUGCGGCGCAAGUUCUACGAGGGCGUGGAUCGCGACGACCCCGAGGCCCUCCUCCAUGCGCCCGUUGCUCCAUAUCCUCCUAUGGCGUGCCCCGCACGGCGGGGCAGCACGCCAACCGCAGUAGAGCUCGAUAUUGAGCAAGCGCGCCUCGUUAACCUCGACAUGCUUGAGUCGUCCUCGCUGACAUGGGAGUGUAAUAUGGACACACUCUAUCUAUAUCGCUCUCUCUCCAUGGUAUCGGCCGCACGUCAUACUGACUACGUUUUGCGGACCUUCCACGAGCAAAACAUACAAGAAUUCGAGCAGAAGCUCGUCAAGGCGCAACAGGAGAGGCAGAAGGAGAGGUUCAAGGCGGAGGUUUCUGCGUUCAAUCGGCCCAUACCCAUUGCUCCCACUCCCGUGCCUGCACCUGCGUACCCAAUAUUUCAGCCUCCCCAAAGUCCCCAACCUCACUCGCAUACCAAAAUGGCCGGAGUAGCUUCAUGGGUCGUACCACCGGACUCACUGGCAAAUGCGCCGCCUCCACCACAGUAUCACCCACACCCCUUGGGAAACGUAUUGCUGCACGUAGCAUACCCGCCAUCAGACCCAUCUGCGCCUCCACCUUCCCAAGUCCAACAGUACGGGUCAGGAAUAGUACCCAACAACUUCCACUACGCCUCAUACACACACGAGGGACACCCCCAGCUAUCGCAGCGCGAGCAUCUGUACCGACCAGAGAACGCACAACCUAGGCAUGGCCCAAGCCGCGCAGUGCCUCCAGAUAUCCGGUAUCCACGUGGUUUUGGGUACGGAAGUGCGUACGGCCCUGGGUCCUUUCACACACCGGGCCAGGGUCCCAGUAUCACGUCUGUUCAUGCUCCUAACCACGCCCCUCAUCAACCUGAUCACAGUGAAGCGUUCGGUCCAAGACCUAGUCAUGACUCCGCCUCAGAAUGGCAAGGCGCACCUGUACGAGGCCACAGUAUCGUGCCGCAGUUUCCCCACGAAGCGUCCAUUGACCCACCAAACUACACGUCCGUUCAGGGACCUGACAUUUCCUCCUUCCCAAAGCCGUACGGCGCGCUCUCGUCCGCUCAUCGGGACAUGCCCGAUCACGCACCCCAUGAAUUAUCUCAUAACCUAUACAUCGCGGCAUCUAGGAGCCAGAAAAGCGGAGCGACCGACGGUGCGCGACCUGACAAUCUGGACAACCCGCUUGCGGCAUCCGACAACGGCGUGUCGUUCGACAUCGGACCUGCGUUCCCAGACAACUACGAUCGCUUCUUCGGUGACAGGCUGACAUCUGGUACCAACGACGGCAGCCCCUUUCCACCUGCGUCUGCAUCCGAGCUUUCAGAAGGAGAUGUGUUCUCUGAUCUCCAUAUGGACGGUUUCUCACCGUUUCCGCCGGAGAUGGCGUUCUUGAUGUGGUCUGACAACACGUUGGCCAAUACGAAAGAGUUUCCUGAAGCGCCUACAUCUCGACCUGCAGAAGCACGAGCGUCGACAUCGUCCACUGCCUUGGAGUCGGACAAUGCGGCAGGGUCGGCAUUGCGUAAUUCGUAG